GAUGAAUGAUGAGGCUCCACCAGGGAGUGCUGCAUCUGCUUCAUCUCCUGUGCUGACAGUGGAGAGAGUCCUUUCUUCCUUAUCAGAGAAACCCUAAAAUUUUAUCUCUGGAGGGAAUCCCAGUUCCAUGGCCCAGCUGCAGUCUAUGUCCUCUGCGAAUGUCCUUAGUGUCCCCAUCCAUCCUUCCGUCAAUCAAGGAAGAUUGCCCAGGGGCAACAUUUGUUGUUCAAGCAAGUCCGACGGCUAUCAACUUGGGGCAGUAUCAAGCAGCUUGCACGGGAACAGAAUUGUUCAUCAGCGUCGGAUCUUUAAUUCAGUUACAGGCAACCAAGGUAUUCCGAUAAACCAUAGCGUGGGAGCCAUUAAGAUGGUAGCAUCUCAAAAUGAAAAAAUUGAAUCCACAAGUGGAGGAGGCCUGCGAGGGAAGUUGAACAAAGUUGUUUUAGCCUAUAGUGGUGGCUUGGACACUUCAGUUAUCGUCCCAUGGCUGAGGGAGAACUAUGGUUGCGAUGUUGUCUGCUUUACUGCUGAUGUCGGUCAGGGCAUACAAGAGCUGGAUGGUCUGGAAGCUAAAGCUAAAGCUAGUGGUGCUAGUCAAUUAGUUGUUAGAGAUUUGAAGGAAGAAUUCGUUAGAGAAUACAUAUUUCCAUGCCUGCGAGCUGGUGCAAUCUAUGAAAGGAAAUAUUUACUGGGGACUUCAAUGGCACGUCCUGUUAUAGCGAAGGCUAUGGUUGACGUUGCCAGAGAAGUUGGUGCGGAUGCUGUAUCUCAUGGAUGCACAGGAAAGGGGAAUGAUCAGGUCAGAUUUGAGCUAACUUUCUUUGCUUUGAACCCAAAACUCAAUGUUGUGGCCCCGUGGCGCGAAUGGGAUAUCAGAGGUCGAGAAGAUGCUAUUGAAUAUGCAAAGAAGCACAAUAUUCCUGUCCCUGUGACUAAGAAAUCUAUCUACAGUCGAGAUCGAAAUCUGUGGCACUUGAGCCAUGAGGGAGAUAUUUUGGAGGACCCAGCCAAUGAACCAAGGAAAGAUAUGUACAUGAUGAGUGUUGAUCCAGAAGAUGCUCCAGACAAACCAGAGUACAUUGAGAUUGGCAUAGAAUCUGGAUUACCAGUUUCAGUUAAUGGUGAACAUUUGUCACCAGCCACUUUGCUUGCAAAGCUGAACGAAAUAGGUGGGAAGCAUGGGGUUGGUCGCAUCGACAUGGUUGAAAAUCGGUUGGUCGGCAUGAAGAGUCGGGGUGUAUACGAGACACCAGGAGGCACCAUUAUGUUUGCGGCUGUUCGUGAGCUGGAAUCAUUGACGCUUGAUAGAGAGACAAUGCAGAUUAAGGAUUCCCUUGCCCUGAAGUACGCGGAGUUGGUCUAUGCUGGUCGCUGGUUUGACCCACUCAGGCAGUCGAUGGAUGCUUUCAUGGAGAAGAUCACCGAAGGGACAACUGGAUCUGUUGUGUUGAAACUGUACAAAGGUUCAGUCACCGUGGUUAGUCGUAAGAGCCCCAACAGCUUGUACCGGCAAGAUAUAUCAUCAUUUGAGAGCGGUGGGAAUUAUGAUCAGGCAGAUGCAGCUGGAUUUAUUCGGCUUUAUGGACUCCCAACUAGAGUCCGCGCAAUGCAAGAGAAGGGUUUUUGAAUUAGCCCCUCCUUUUUAUGUGAUCUAUUAAGUUAUUGUUGGUCUGUAUUUCUUGUGGCGCUGAAGCAGACUCCUGUUGACCAUACUUUUGCUUCUAAUAUCAUUUCUCCAUGUGAGGUGGUGGUUAUGCAACAGAAGACGGAGGGAGAGAGACUCCAUUUUUCCUUUCCGGUUAUUGGACUCGAAUUUGAAAGGAAAGUCAGGCUAGUAGCCUAGCAUGUCAUUGUGUUAAUAGGGUGAAACCAGUAAAAUGGUUUACUGGUGUUAAAGAUGCUUCAUCGAUACUUUCUUCUUUUAAUUUUCAUUAAAAGUUUUCAAUUUA